AGUUCAAAUUAGGAAUGGCGUCUUCAAAAGCCGGAGCAGCCUCGAGCAUUAUCUCUGAAUCCAGCUAUUCCGACGGUUCCGGAUCUCGCGAAAAAAUCUUGGUUGACUCAUCUUGGCCCAGUGAGAUCCUCCCCUCAUCAGAACCAACUCCCACCUGGAAUCUGCAAACAGAUGCCGAGCGGUACCUUGCAAGACUCGCCUCCAAACUAGAGAGGAUACAAAAGUACAAGGAGAAGCACCAUUCGUCUACUGCAUUACAUGACCGACUGAAUACGAUAGAGUGUGACCAAAACGAUGCGGAAGACGUAUCCCAGGUCCAUGAAUGGGAUGAUUCCUUGUCAGACGCAGAGUCUAUCGAUUCGAAAACUGGGUUGUUGGACACGUCCACCACAAAUGGUACAUGGAGUAUGUGGUUAUGGACAUUGGGUUGGAUGAAGUGCUGUUGUUCUCCCUGCACAUAGAACGACGCGACGGGUACGCAGUCAGUCUACAUCGCAAUCUAUCAGGUGACAAAUGGCGAUGGCUACUUAGAGCUGCAAGAAUUUUUAUUUACAUACGGAAACAACUCAUUAUACAGAAAUAACCACCAUCAGCAUCCUACUCUGAAAGCUUCUUAGAGCAUGUACACAAUCUGCUUCUUGCCUUCUUGGGCCCUCUCCGUAUCUUGGAAGGUGGUUCGUUGCCUGGCAUUGAGGCGUUGAUACCAAACACGGAGGAUGACAGCCACUAAUGCUGUGAGCGCCAUUCCGACGGCAUUCACGGUAUGACUGCGGUGGUACUGCGGCUUAUCGUCCUUGUACUGAGUGUAGGAGGCUACCACACUGCCCAAGUUGCCAAUGGAUGACACGAGUGCUAUAGCUGUUGCCGCACCGGUACUUGUCUUCAGCUGUGGUUAAAAGAGAAAGAUAC